CUUGCUGUCCCAGACACCUAUCAGCCAAAAUGAAGCCCACCGCUAUGCGCAUGAGUGACAUGCCUGGACCAAGGGUCUAUAACCUUUGGUGGGGUGACAAGGGUGUAACGCGCCAGAAGGGUAUCGUUACCUACGCCGUCUCCCCCUGGCGUCAGCGUGCCGCAAAGAACAUGAUCCGCAACUACAUCUUCAACGGCUACCGCCGUCUCUCCGGGCAGGCUGUGUACUGGAUCUUCCCCUUCGCCCUCGGCUACGGCACCUACACCUGGGCAAAGAAGUACGACGAAUGGCAGAACAGCAAGGCUGCUCACGUCGCUGGUCAUGUGCACUGAGGAUGUGCAUACCUUACUGAACGCUAUAGAAUGCAUAAUUUUACCUCAUGAUCUAUCCUUGCGACUACUGCCUCUUCAACAUAUGGAUGUUGGCC